AUGGACCCCGUCAUUAUAACGCCGGACGAUGUAGCUGAGGCGGUCCGAAGGGCCCCGAACUGGAAAAGUCCGGGGCUCGAUGGGCUGCAUCACUACUGGCUGAAGGGGUUCGUGGUGUGUCACGCUGUGCUCGCCCGACAAUUUCAAGAGGCUCUCGACCAAAAGUCGCUCCCGAGCCUCUUCACUACUGGGAUCACUCAUUUGGUUCCUAAAGACCGGGAUACCAUAGACCCGAGCAAAUACCGCCCCAUCACGUGUCUACCCACGAUAUAUAAGACACUAACAUCCAUUUUGAGCGCGAGAAUCACUCGUCACCUGAACUCAAAUCAGGUGAUAUCGCGCGCUCAAAAUGGAUGUCGGGGCGGUGGUCGUGGAACCAAGGAACCACUCCUCAUUGACGCGGUCAUUGGCAAAGUGGUUAAACGCAACCGUCGGAACCUAUCCGCCGCCUGGAUAGACUACAAAAAGGCAUUCGACUCGGUGCCUCAUACAUGGCUGGAGAGGGUCCUCGAGCUGUACAAGGUUGACUGUACAGUUAGAGACUUCCUUGGGCAGUGUAUGGGGCAGUGGAGUACGAUCCUUUGUCAUCUAGGCGAGCGGAUGACGGCUGCGGAGAACCACAUAAGGAUAAGAAGGGGUAUCUUCCAGGGCGAUUGUCUGAGUCCAAUCUGGUUCUGCCUCUCUCUGAACCCUCUCAGUACCUUACUGGAGGGCUCCGGGAGGGGAUUUCAGCUUCGGAGGGGAGGUACAAAAGUGACCCACCUUUUCUAUAUGGAUGAUCUCAAGUUAUUCGCCUCCAGUCGCUCUCAUCUUAUGGAAUUGCUAAACAUCACUUGUGAUUUUAGCAAUUCUAUUAGAAUGGAGCUGGGGACGGAUAAGUGUGCGGUCCUCCAUGUUGAAAGGGGAAGGGUUGCUAACUCUGAGGGCAUAGAUUUAUCUAUGCCCAUCAACAUAAGGACCCUUUCCGAGGCUGAAACAUACCGAUACCUGGGUAUGUCACAGAACAUCGGUGUAGAUGAGGCGGGUAUGAAACAGUCAGUUUGCGAUGUGUUUUAUGCACGCUUGACCAAAGUGCUUAACAGCCUUUUGUCCGGUGUGAAUAAGACGCACGCCUAUAACGGUUGGGUCAUGCCUGUUCUCAUGUAUACCUUUGGCAUACUUACGUGGACUCAGACCGAACUAAACGCUCUGGACAGAAAAGUCCGCACUAUAAUGACGUCCCACAGGAUGCAUCAUCCGAGAUCGUCAGUAAUGAGGCAGUACUUGCCGCGGAAGCAUGGCGGGCGCGGCUUUUUAAGCGCGCUUACCAUGCAUAAUCGAAGUGUGCAGCCUCCGUAA